CAACAAGUUCACGCACGAAGUCCCGCCCAAUGCAGCAGUCUGACUUCUGUCCAAUUGCCAAAGGAUAUUGCAUCAACAUCAUCGCUCGCGCACUCCCCCCCCGUCGCGUCUUCUAUUGGUCCAGCAUGUGCUCCAUCCUGUUGCUCCUGUUCCUCAUCUCUGGCGUACUCUCCCAGUCCCUGAGUCCAGUCCUAGAAGAGCCACAGCGAAAACACGUCCUCAAGAUUAUCGAGCAAGCUCUGCAAGCAGAAGAUCCAGUUGACCCAGGCCUGAACGGAAAAACACGUGUCACCAUUGUCAUCGGCACCAUGCUGCUUCUCAUAAACCUUUUCUGCCUUUACGUUAUAUUCCUGUGGAUUGUCUACGUCUUCCAGAAGCGAGGCAUACGCGAACGAUACCAACGAUGGUUGGCCGCGCGGGAUUUACGUCUAGAGCAGGAAGAGUUUCUUUUCAGGCAGGGACCUGAAAAGAAGUUCGAACUCGAGCAGGAAACCGAGGAGAAGUUCAACAAAGUUGAGUAGGAAGGAGGUUGGUGACAGAGAUGUAAUGAUACCGAAGAUGUGAACCACAAGGGACGGGGACUUGAAGAAGAGGAUGGUUUAUCAGCGCGAUACCCAUGUGGCACGAGGGCCAGGCUAGACAUUGGACACGAUUGCGGCUUUGCCGCUUCGUUUAUCAGACUAU